AUGUCCACCGGCUCAGUAAGCGAUGGAGAGGACAUUGAGACGCGUCACAAACGGACAGAUGCACCGUUCGACAGCGGCAAAACCAAACGGAACAUUGCACAGAGCCACUACACUUCCGCCGAGUACUCAGACAACGAGUUCGGUAACGAUGGCAGUUAUGAAGUCAAGACCAAGCGAGCGCGCGUCACUGCUGCCGGAGGAAAACAGCUUGUGAAGGGGCGGCAGACGCAAAGGAAUGCUGCAAACGCCAGAGAGAGGGCGAGGAUGAGGGUGCUGAGCAAAGCGUUUACCAGACUGAAAACGAGCCUGCCGUGGGUACCGGCUGAUACCAAGCUGUCCAAACUGGACACGCUGCGUCUAGCAUCCAGCUACAUUUCACACCUCCGACAGCUAUUACAAGACAACGUCUUCGAGAGCAGCUUCGUACACCCUGUCAACCUGGUAUGAAGCAUUAUAUUAUUAAACUUGACCCUGUAAACUUGACCCUGUAAACUUCGGUAUGAAAGACACACAUUUACAUUUUUACAUUCACAUUUUGGUCAUUUAGCAGACGCUCUAAUUCAAUUGUGUGUAGAAAAAUGUGCAGUGUAAAGUGUGUAGAAAAAUGCAACAAACAAAUGAUGUAGCUAUGCAUGUUUUUCAAUUUUUGCAAGUUGCAUCCAUUGCCUUUUGAUUAUGCUGUGAAACGGUGUGGUGAGAGUCAGACCAUUUAUGACCCCAUAAUGACAAUGUGGAAUUAUCUUUUCAGAAAUGUUUAUAAUUUAAUUAAAAUUGGAAAAGCUGAAAUGUCUUGAGUCAAUAAGUAUUCAUUACACCCAGUCACUUCAAAGAUACAGGUGUCCUUCCUAACUCAAUUUCAGGAGAGGAAGGAAACCGCUCAUGGACGUCACCAUGAGGCCAGUGGUGACUUUAAAACAUUGAAGAUGGAUCAACAACAACUCAACAAUACUAUCCUAAAUGACAGAGUGAAAAUAAGGAAACUUGUACAGAAUAAAAAUAUUCCAAAACAUCCAUCCUGUUUGCAAUAAGGCACUAAAGUAAUACUGCAAAAAAAUUGGCAUUGAAAGUAACUUCAUGUCCUGAAUACAAAGCAUUAUGCUUGGGGCAAAUCCAACACAUCACUGAAUACCACUCUUCAAAUUUUCAAGCAUGGUGGUGGCUGCAUCAUGUUAUGGGUAUGCUUGUCAUCGGCAAGGACUAAGGAGUUUUUUAGGAUAAAAAUAAAUGGAAUAGAGCUAAGCACAGGCAAAAAUCUAGAGCAAAACCUAGUUCAGUCUGCUUUCCUACAGACUCUGGGAAACAAAUUCACCUUUCAGCAGGACAAUAACCUAAAACACAAGGCCAAAUCUACACUGGAGUAGCUUACCAAGACAACAUUGGAUGUUCCUAAGUGGCUUAGUCACAGUUUUGACUUAAAUCGGCUUGAAAAUAUUUGGCAAGACUUGAAAAUGGCUGUCUAGCAAUGAUCAACAACCAACUUGACAGAGCAUGAAGAUAAAAAAAAAAAAGUGCUAAUAUUGUACAAUCCAGGUGUGCAAAGCUCUUAGAGACUUACCCAGAAAGACUCACAGCUGUAAUCACUGCCAAUGGUGAUUCUAACAUCUAUUGACUCAGAGGUGUGUAUACUUAUGUAAAUAAGAUAUUUCUGUUUUUCAUUUUCAAUAAAGUUGCUAACAUUUCUAAAAACAUGCUUUCACUUUGUCAUUAUGGGGUAUUGUGUGUAUAUGAGUGGGGGAGGGGGAAGUAUUUAUUCCAUUUUUAAUUCAGGCUAUAACACAACAAAAUGUUGAAUAAGUAAAUGGGUGUGAAUACUUUUUAGCAGGCACUUUAGGCUAAGAUACCAUAAUAACAUGCCUAUAAAUAAAAUAACAUAAUUAAUAAAUAACGUAUGAUCCCUAUUCCUGCUGCUUUUUUUUUGUUGCUAUAUGUAUUCACAUAUCCUGUGUAUUUAUUACAUCUAUCUCUCCGUCUGUCCACAGACUUGGCCAUUUGUUGUAGGUAGAUCAGAGGACAACAAGGACAUCUCUACAGACAGACUCUGUGGCGCUACAUCAUAG